AUGGAAAGUAAAAGGAAGAUAUAUACGUUUAGGACUAGGGCGUCGCCGCAUAACGACGCGCAUGGGGAUCGCCUUAACCUUGCGACAAGUAUGCGAGGGCUACCGGGUCCCGUGCGAGCCCGGCUAAAGACGUUAGCACCAACUACGAAGAUUCGCUUUGCAAACUGGAACAUUGGCACGCUUACGGGACGCUCCACAGAACUUGCGGCUAUACUUGCCAGGCGUAAAGUGGCAGUGGCGUUCCUGCAGGUGACACGGUGGAAGGCCAACAGGAGUCGGAAUAUUGGGCACAGCUACAAGCUGAUCUAUACAGGCUCUUCUGGUGGCAGUGGUGCUUGCCGAGCAAUUCCACGAUAG